CUCGGACAGUUCCAUCAUGUAGCAGCGGAAGAAGGAGAGGCUCCGAGCGGUUACGGGCUCCUCCUCCAGGCCCAUCAGCUUGGUUGUGUUCAGGGACAUGCAGGAGAGGUUGGGAAGCAAUCCGGGUGCAGCCUGGCGGAUGCAGUCCUGGCCUAAGCAUUAGAAGGUGCCACGCUGGAGUUGGGUGCAGUUGGAUGAACAACAGCAAGAAGGUUGAAACAAGUUUCUAUCAGCUUUAGUUGUUUCAUUUACACAGACACUGAAGUCCUGUCUCGAUUACGUGUCCUGGGAGGGAACCCCCAGCUGUUGCCAGGCAACCAACAACAUAUGUUAACAACAGACACCACGGGUCUUUUCCCUGAAAGACUGACCAUAAACAAGCCUGACCAUACAAUGCAAGCUGCAGCUACUGCGUCUCUCUUCUAUGUUACACAUGUGACACAGUAACUACUGCUGACAGGCAUGAGUUCAAACACACUUUCUGCUGUGUUAGAGAAGCAGAUUCAACACCUGCGUCUGACUGACUUUCCUUGUGGACGUGGCAGCUGGAGGAAGAAAAAAAGCAGAUCAGAGGGAGCAGAGACUGAGGAGACAGACUCCCUCUUGGAUCUGCUGAGAUGCCCUCACUCUCCAUGGUCGUAUGAUGAAUCAUGGAGCCCUCAAGCUGCGGCCCUGAGACGGCUGGCUGUGCUCGCCCCUGAACGCCUGAACGCUGACUUCGUUUACAGCUACUUUACUACACUUCGCGUUGUGGACAAAGGCGUAUUGGUCAUCGAUGACGGCCUGUUGAAGUUCUCAAAGCUGGAGGAAUUAGUGCUAAGUGCCAACGAAAUCUUAGAAAUCCCGGCAGAAAACCUUCCCAGCACUUUGAAAAUUUUGGAGCUGCAUGCCAACCAGUUGUCCGCUCUGAGCAGCCUCACCAGUCGCCCCCCUCCUCGCCUUCGCUACCUUGGCCUCGGCUCAAACAGCCUGGGUUCACAUGAAGACAUCUCUCAUCUUACAGGAAGACACUGGCCACAGCUGGUGUGUCUGGACCUGAGUGACUGUGAGUUUCAGGACCAGCAGGCCCUACUGAAAGCCUUGAGGACGCUCCCCUGCCUCAGGACGCUGGUGCUGGAGGGAAACCCCUUCACUCUUGCAUCGUGCUACCCGGGUUUGACUGUGGACAGUCUCCCACGGCUCUCUUACCUGGAUGCCUCGUGGAUCUCCUCAGAGGAAAGACACUCGUUUAAGGGCUUGGCCAUGAUGAUGAGUGGUGAUCUGAUAGUGGACCGGGCAUCAGCCACAGUGAGGCUUGGCAAGAUAAGGGGAAUCCCAGACCCACUCAUUAGUGCAGAUGAGAACACUCCUGACUACCCUGUUGUCACCUACGGCUAUUUUAUCACGUACGAAUUCCUGAGUCAUCAAACACCUGCAAGCCUGACAUUUGGCGCUGCAGACGCUUCCGGUGGCAGUGACGCAGACCUGCAAUCCAGCAAAAACUGUGCAAAAGAAACAUCCAGAGCAGACACCCAUGAAUUGGUGGUGUAUCCUGAGGAAACUUGUCGCGAUACUGCACAUGUGUCAAGCCACAGCACAUCAAAGCUGGGAUGGUCAGAGUGCAUGGACUUCAGUGACACACAAACAUACAUUGUUCACGAUCUGGGAGGCUUAAAGAGAUUCCUCAACCAAGGACUUGAUCUUAGAAUAGAGGAGGAAAAGGUCCUGUCGUGGCCUGCAGGUUUUGAAGACGUCACAAUGGCUAAAGCCAGCCGAACUGUAAAAGAGAUGAAAGGCAGGAAAGAGUCUCCAAUCAAAUCUGCGUCCACCAAAGACAAGCCUAUUGACAAAAAGAAGAAAUCUUUGCCAGAACUGGUCAAGGACACCCCCAUCAGAAGAAUCCUUGGCUCUGUCCAUGUCCCCCUACAAAGCCUGGUUAAAAGAGGUCAGAAGGUCGAUGUCCUUUGUGACCUUGGUGCUCUGUACACAGAGUCUGAGGUGGAAGCUACACAAACAUUUGAAAAGGAUCCAGGAAAGAAAACCAAAGAGAACAAGAAGAAGGAUUCAAGGCACAGAGGAGGCAGUGGUGCCAGACAGAAGAAUACAGCAGCUUCAAGAGGCAAAGGAAAGGGGAGGAAGGAAUGCGAUAUGGAUGUCCUCAAAGACGACUCGGUGUCUGUCCAAAUGGAGCCAGUGACCGUAGAGUUGAUGGUGGAGCUGGAGAAAUGGCAGUCUGCAUCUGAAGCUCAUCGACUUCGGCUCCCACGCCAAACGUCCUGAGUAUUUUCAGUUUGACCUACUGUAAAUUAUUUAACUUUCUACCCCCAAACUAGUCUUGGCCAGGGUACCUUUCAGGGUUCAGCUGAGACAAUCUACCCUACAGACUAAAAAAAAAACAUACAUGCUUCUUCCUGCAUUUCCUCCUUUAGGCUACUUCAACACUUCAUUUAAAAUAAACAUUUCUAGUCCGUGCAUCACUUGCUUUUACUUCACGUGAUAUAUAUAAAACCAACAAUAAGCAAAGUUUGGCAACACAUCACAGACUAUUUGAAGGAUCUUUGCUUCCACCCCAUGGCGGCUAAUGUGCAGCUUGUCCAACUGAUGGACAUUUUUAGUUUUUAAACUCUUGAUAAA